AUGUCUAUUCAGACACAUUUUACUACGGGAGAAAAAUUCCUUAUCGUAGGAAGUCUAGUUGGAGUUUCAAUGGGAUUUUGUCAAAAUUUUCUGCUUUCUUGGUCCUCCGACACAUCAAGCGAAGACUGGCGAGCAGAUGCUGACGAAGCAAGACCAAACAUGAAUUUGAAAUUGUGCAUCAUUAAAAUUGGAUUAUUCUUAGUAAUGGCAAAAUGUUUGCUGCCAGAGAUAAGUUGGACAUUAACAGAAGAACAUGCAAAUUUAAAAGACAACUUUGUUGACAAGAUUGUCAAAAUCUUCAGACAACAUCAGCUAAUGUUUAUUUAUAUCUACUGCGUCAUAUUCAUUUCGUAUGAAGGUGUCCUAGCAUGCAAACUUAAUAUGCAAAGGAUAUCAUUCUUCAUUCCGUUGACGUUAGUGCCUCUUGGAUGUUUAAGUGGAGUUAUAGGAUACUGUUAUGAAUGGUCGGAAGAAACCAACUUGUUUGGAGUAGCAGUUUCCUGUCCAAGUGUUGACAUAAAUAGUAUAUCCAUGUGGUUAGGAUCUAGUGCUGCAUUGUUAUUCGUAUUACCUACUAGGGAUAGUUUAUUCUCGUCACUUGGAUUAUUGAUGAAAAGAAAAGACGAAUCGUUUGAUCAUAAACUGUUCAAACGUGAGAAGGAAGAGCCAAAUGAGAAAAGAAAGAAAGCCAGACCGUACAUUUAUAUAUGUGGAACUAUGUGGCAUGAAACAAGACAGGAAAUGUUACAACUCCUCAAAUCAUUAUUCAGGUUGGAUGAUAAACAGUUCUACGAAGAAGGAGAUAUUUGUUUUGAUAAAGAAACCAUAGGACUUGGCUACAUACCAUAUGUUGUUAGAAAAGAUUUGAAGUGGUGCCUUUUCUUAUCAUUCUCAAAUCCAAAUUUUCAAAAGGACGAUGAACAGCUUGAAAUCAGAUCACAUUCUAUGGACCCUAUACAGUGGGUUACGAAUAAAUCAACGAAAAUAACUACACCUUACGGGGAACAACUGAAAUGGACCAUGCCAUGUAAAACAGAAAUGACAAUUCAUUUGAAAGAUAAAGAAAAAAUCAGACACAAAAAACGAUGGUCACAGAUCAUGUACAUGUACUACUUAUUGGGAUAUAAGAUGUUGGCAGAAAAUGGGAAAUAUUGUAAACUUACGGUUGGGGGAAAUGCACUGGAAGACAAAAUGAAAGAGAUAAAGGAACAAGCAGAUAACACAUUCAUUCUUGCAUUAGAUGGAGAUGUAGAUUUCAAACCUGAAGCAAUACAGAAACUUAUACAUAAAAUGAAAACGAAUGAAAAAGUUGGCGCUGUAUGUGGACGAAUACAUCCUAUAGGAUCAGGUCCAGUUGUAUGGUAUCAACAAUUUGAAUAUGCUAUUGGACAUUGGCUACAAAAGGCUACAGAACAUGUUUUUGGAUGUGUACUUUGUUGUCCAGGAGCCUUUAGUUUAUUUCGUGCUUCUGCUCUAAUUGACGAUAAUGUGUUGAGAAGGUAUACAAGUCCUCCGGUGGAAGCACGUCAUUUUAUCCAGUAUGAACAAGGGGAAGAUAGAUGGUUAUGUACAUUGAUGCUACAACAGGGUUGGAAGAUAGAUUACGCUGCUAGUGCUGACGCCUUCACAUUUGCGCCAGAAACAUUUGAAGAUUUUUUUGUACAAAGGCGCCGAUGGGCACCGUCAACACUUGCAAAUAUUAUUGACUUGCUUUCAUCUUGGAGAGUAACAACGAAAGAAAAUCCUAAUAUCAGCACCUUGUUCGUUUUCUACCAAUUCAUUCUUUUUUCUUCAAGUUUACUUGGUUUGGGAACUGUUACGUUAAUGAUAACCGGAUCUUUUAAUGCUGUACUAAAAAUAACAUUGUUCCAGUCUUAUGUCGUCGCUGUAACACCAGUAGCUGUUUAUGCCAUCAUAUGCAUAAAAUGUAGUAACGACAAACAAAUUGCAGCAGCAGCACUACUUUCAACAGUUUACACAUUGGUGAUGGUUAUAGUCACAGUAGGAUUAUUCGUGAAUAUUGCAUCAGAAAAAACUUACAGUCCUAAUGUUAUAUUUUUCGUAGAAAUAUUAUGCAUUUUCCUAUUCGCAGGAUUGGCUCAUCCAAAGGAACUGAUGUGUCUGGCUCAUGGGUUGCUGUACUACCUUAUGGUUCCGUCUACUUUCAUUUUCCUUACGGUGUAUUAUAUGUGCAAUAUUCAUGUUGUGUCCUGGGGUACCCGUGAAAAGAAAACACAAGACGAAGCGGUAAGUUCUACAAAUUCCAAAAAAUCACCUACAGUAAGCAUAUUGACUUUUAUAAAGAAGAAAUUAAAAUUAAAGCAGUUAUUUGGAGGCAGAGUCGAGCAGCAAGCCAAUGUCAAUGAAACAGAAUCACCUGUAUCACCUGUUCCGUCUAAUGUACCAAGUUGCCCAGAAGUAAGUCAAGAUUGUGAUGCAUGGCCGGCAAUGAAUUACUUAGGACCUGGGGAAAAAACGAUGGAUGAAUGUGAAACUGAAUUUUGGAGUUAUAUUCUUAAAAAGUAUCUCCAUCCACUUGUCGAAGACUCUCAGAAAAAGAAGGAAAUUCAAAUCGAGCUUAAAUCCCUCAGAAACAAUGUCGCAUUAGGAUUCUUACUUAUCAACUUUCUGUUUGCAACGGCUGUAUUUCAACUUCAAAACAACACAGAUCAGUUAAAAAAUGUAUACAUUUUAAACGAAUACGAACCUUUGUCCAUAGUUUUCUUGUUGGUGUUUGCAUUAGUUAUAUUGUUACAGUUUAUUGGAAUGCUAAUCCACAGGUGGGGCACCUUUUUACAUCUAAUAUCAAGUGCAAGUCUAUGGCCUUCACCAAAAGGAACAGGAAAAAAAUUAACCAAAACGGAAAAUUGUAGCCAAGAAACCAGGACUGAUUUGCCUGUUUCAAAUUCGAAUUCAACCCAAAGAUUGACAAAUAAUACUGGAUAUACAAAAAACAAAGAUUUGCGCCGAAGAAAAGAUGGUAGUGUAAACAAUGCAUAUACUGACUAG